AUGCCCAACAAUCUUAAUUUGAUUUCGCUUCUGGCUAAUAAUACGCUUCCACAAAUAGUUGAAAAUGAUCAAUGUGUUCUGAAUUUUGUUAGAGUGCAUAAGAAUGGUAGAGAUAUUAAGGUCGGUACACGAUAUCUUUUCAAUUUCUUCUUCUCAACUUCAGAUGAUUUAGAUGUCUACCUAAGUGAUAUUGUUAAUCAACUUUUAUACGCCAGAGAUACAGAAGACAAGAUAAAUCUUAAACAAAUUCUAUCAAAUUAUUUUGAACAUGUUAUAAACGGUACACAUACUAUUCUGAGAGAAUUUAAAUAUAUCUCAGCUAUACCAUAUAAUAGGAUAACAUUUUUAUUUAAUCUGUGGAAUAGUUUUACUUCAUUCAAAGAAAAAGAUAUAACUGUCGAGGAAUUCUAUACACUUGUACAAUUACUUUGUUCAGAUUUUCCAAAUGAAAUAUUGUCUUACUGCCAAAAGAUAUUGAAUAUUGACAACAAGUCAACAAAUGUUUAUCCAUACUUGGAUAUAUUUUGUGUAUUCCACGAAAGUGAAAUUACACUGAAUAAAGAUGAAAAUCAUACCUUGGAGGUUGUUGAUGAAUCAGAUUUAUCUAAUCAUCAUUAUAAUGGACAUAGAUCUACAGUUACUGAAUGUUGCUUUAAAUCAAGCAUAAUUAAACAGCUACCGGAUAAAUAUGUGAAUACAUUAGAAUUUCGUAAUUUUACUCGGGAUAUGUACAACAACUCUACAUUUAUACUACCUCCAAAGUCGGUAAUGUGUGUUUGCGCCAAAGAAUUUCUACUUCAUUCAAGAUUCAAUAUUUACAGUUUAUUCUCAUCCUUAGCUACUGAUCAUUUAUUAAUAACAGAAAUAGGAUUUCCACAAGUUCAUGGGUCAUCUAAGCUAUCACCGCAUCAUGUUUAA